AUAUGGCCGCCUCCAUUGCAAACUUGCAUAACCACCGGGAAAUAAAUAUGAAGGAAAUCGUUGCGUCUUCCAACAUUGCCAUGUCAAAGUCUGGAUUUUGGAACAAGUAACAAAGCAUGGAAUAUAGUGGCCGUUGGCCAUUAUGGACAGGUGACCGUUAUUCUCAAGUGUAAUAUGGAGUGAUUUUCGUUGGGGGGAAUCCAGAAUGACCGUUGUCUGCAGUAGACCUUUAUUCUCAGGUGGCCGUUAGGGGCCUUUCUUCAAAUUAUGGAGUGUUAACCAGAUAAAGAGUUUGUUUGCCCCAGGCGAUGGGGCAAACAUGUCUGUUACUGCAAUAUAACUGUGCAAUAAUGAAGACUUUUUUGACAAGAUGUUAUAAUGAUACAAUUUCACCACUUUAAAUAGUGUUAACAAUAUAAGUGCUCAGUUCAUGAUCAUACACUUGUUUAUGUUGGAUUAUGUUAAAUUGAAGUUUUCAAUUAUAGUUUAAAUACAUUGAAUAAAGUCAAAAAGGUGUGCAUUUGCAGUAGACAUGUUCAAAAACGAACAAACAGUCUGAUAGAAUAAUCUUAGGCGUUAAAAAACAACACAAUGCCAUCAAAGCUAAUAGAAUGUGGGCCGAAAUGUCGCUCAAGGAAACAUGCAUACGAGAUGAAUGCUGCAGUGACGAAGGGCAGUUUGAAGGAAGUACAGAGCUAUGCAAGACUCUGCUACAAUGGAGGUCAACUGUGCGAUAUGCACAGACGCAGCAUGCUGCACAUGGCGGUCUCGUGUGGGAAACUGGACAUCACAGAGUGGGUGCUGGAGGCGCUCAAUGGCGAUGUGACUCAGAAGGAUCUGGAGAGUGGAUGGACUGCACUGCACAGGGCGGUGUUUUAUGGCCAACUGGCAGCUGCACGAUUGCUCAUUCAGUACAAGAGUGAAAUUUUUACCCCAGACCAUGAAGGCCUGGGACCCCUUGGUAUUGCCAUGAGGGACAGGAAGCUGGUCACAGGGGUUCCCCCGCCAGCCUACACCUUGUCAGACAGACACGAGGUGUUCACAUGGGGAGACAAUUCCAACUUCACGCUUGGUCACGGCUCUGAACAACGAAGGCAGACUCCAGAGGUGGUGGACAUCUUUAGGAAGCAGCAAAAGGGUAUACGACAGAUUGUGAUGUGCAAGUACCACACCGUGUUCCUGAGUCAGGAUGGUCAGGUGUACACAUGUGGACAUGGUCUGGGGGGCAGACUGGGGCAUCAAACUGAGGAGACGUGUCUUGUGCCCAAGCUUGUGGAGGGUCUCAAAUCUGAAGAGUGCACUGCCGUAGCUGCAUCACGUGACCAUACUGUGUUUCUCACUAAAAGUGGGACAGUGUACAGCUGUGGAAUGAACACAUCCCACCAGCUAGGUCAGGUACCAGUUCCAGACAAGUGUCUUGUUCCACGCCCAGUCAGCUGCAAGUCCCUGAAAGGCAAGAACGUGCUGGGGUUGGCAGUCGGCCGGUUCCACUCUGUGAUUUAUACCAGCAGUGCUGUCUUCACGUGUGGACUGAAUGCAGGACAGCUGGGUCAUCUGAAGUCUAAAGAAGAAAGAAAGUUAAGCCAGUUUAAGCAAGUCUCCGCCCUGAAUGUGCCUGACAUUGACAUCGUCAUGGUGUCAAGCUCAGAUGCAGCGACUGUUGUCAUGACAAAAGCUGGCGAGAUUUACGUUCUUCACGAGUACCAGUGUAGGAAGAUUGCCUCUAAUCGUGCUGACAUCUUACAAGUGUGUGUGGUAGGAGGCAAUCUGGACCAUACAGACUCUCAGAUACUGAGGGAGAACGGGGGUCGCAGGCUGGUCAUCAGCUACCUAAACUCCACUGGAAAGGUGUUCAUUUGGGAUGAGAGGAGUCCGACCCUGAAGAGAGCCAGCUGGCUUAUAAGGCGUCAGCUCUAUGUGACUGACUUUGUGAUGACCGAGAGCGGUGUAGCCAUAGUAACGGAUGAGGGAGAGGUGUUUGUGUGUACACUGUCCAAUAAACCAGCCUUGACCAGGGACAACUGCGCUCAGAGCAGUCAUAAAGAGUGCCUGGAUGGUGAGUUUGGGCGCAUGACGCUGUUGGAGCUGUUAAUGAAGGAGGAGGUUGAAGAGUUGCAGGUACAUAUGGUGCCCAACGUGCACCGAGCCUCAUACGUGAGCGCUGACAUGAAAGGACGCAACUACGCAGUUUUACAAUCCCUACCUAACGCAUGCUUAACUGAUGUUCCAAGCACUUCUUCGAGUGAGAUGACUGAGUGUUUUGGCAAGCUGCUCAGUGAGGCAGAUGAAUUUGAUCUCAUCCAUGAUCUCAUUUUGAAGUCCAAAGAUCGGAAGUGGCCGGUACAUGGAUUCAUUAUGAUUACACGCUGUGCUAAUUUCUCAAACCUUCUAGUCAACGUUAACAAUGAAGAUAAUAACACUGAGGUGCAAGUGUUGGAAAUCCAUGACAUUCAUCCACAAAUCAUUGAACAAGUUUUGCAGUUCAUUUAUACAGACACAUGUGAUGUGCUCUGUGCAGGCACACACUUUUGUCUAAAUGAGGAGCAUCAGCUAUCUACUAGCAAUAAUGUGCAUGAUGAUAUUUUCACCAUGGAAAGUCAUGUUGUCAAAGAAGAGCAUAAAUCAGCAUUUGAAGUUAUUAAUAAAGCCAAAGAGGACAAAUAUACAUCGAAGAAGAAAAUGGAACCCAAAGAUGAACCAGGGCAAAGAGAUCCUCUCAAAUUGAUGUUGGAUGUUGCAAAAAAAUGGGAUAUUAAAGGAUUGGCCAAAAGGGUUGCUGGGUUUACCUAUCGAAAGGGUAGGAUAGAAUCCACUGGGAAGGUGGUUCAAAAAAUGACCCUGAAAUUUGAGAGGGACAAUCUGCAAAAUAUGAAGUCUGAGUGCUAUGAUGUAUGUGUGAGGUCCGAGGAUGGGAUGGUGUUCCGUUGUCACAAGUGUGUCCUGGUGGCCAGACUAGAGUACUUCCACAGUAUGCUGGCAUCAGGAUGGAUGGAGACUUCAUCGAGUCAAGCCCUGACCCUGGCUGUUCCCAGUGACAUUCUAGAGAUACUACUAGAUUAUCUCUACACAGACGAGUCUCACCUUGUGAACAGCACCCAAAAGGUGGAGCUGCUGUGCAAUGUGCUGGUGGUAGCUGACCAGAUGUUGGUGACAAGACUGAAGGAAAUGUGCGAGGCUUCCAUUGCCACCCUCGUAACACUUAAGAACGUGGGAGAGUUACUGGAGUUCUCUAGCAAGUACAAUGCAAAACAGUUGAAGGCAACAUGCCACCAAUUCAUAGUCCUCAAUUUAGCCGCACUUCUGGAAGGGAGGUUGCUGGAUAUGUUAAGUGAUGACGUUAUAGCAGAACUGUCAUCAUACUACAGAAACAUUAUUCCAAAUAUGUCGAGAAGGCAGAUCACACCAUACGACGAGGGUCCAAGUAGGGAUUAUCUGCAAUAUUUGGCCUCAGAGAUGCAGGAUAGUAUAGAUUAUCACCCACUGGGGACCUCACUUGAAAACAGAAAGGUGAAAGCCAAGAAAAAGAGGUCGAGAAAUAAAAGUGGUAUGGAGGAGACUGAAAAGGAUCAGAGACGCCUGUCGGAAUCUGACAUCCCUGAAAGAGGUCUGGCAAGAAGGGUUUCAGAGAGUUCAGAUGUGGCAGAAAAGAAAGGGAUACCUGUCAUAGCUGAGGAUCUCUUAGUCUGUAAAAGAAACGAUCAAGAUCUUUCAAGAAAAGCUAUAAACAACAACAACAAUAAUGACAACAACAAUAGUAGUUGUUGUGGCAAAGCCCCCAGCUCUCCCAAAAGCCCUCUGCCUCACUCCCCCGGUAGUGAUGUAUGUACACACAGUCUGCGGGACAUCAUGAAAGAGGAGGAGACAAGACUGCAGUCAUCUGUGAAGACUCCGAGUGAAAGGAAGGGCAAGUUCUCUUGGAAAGAUGUCAAGAAGCAGAAGCAGCAGAAACAGCAAGGCUCCAGUGGCUCUGUUGAGGGCCCUUGCUUGGAACGCCAGUCAUCCGAGGCUAAGGAUACUUUGAGGUCCCCACUGAGCCCAUGGGGUUCAACUAGCAAGGAAGUGAAGUCUUUCCGCAGUCUAAUGGUGGAGGACCAGAAGUCACACAGGGGUCCUCCUACAGUGGAGACAGCAACUGCAGUCAGACCUGUAACCAUGGUGAAGGCACCCGUGUCAGGGGAGAGUAGCACUGGUCUCAUGAAAUCUGUCUCCAAAACUCAAGGACCAGUUGUCAGCUGGGGCUUGCCUCUGAACCAAAAGGCCAAGACCAGCCCAAGGGUCGAGAUCCAGUCUGAGGCCAUCCCCACCCCCUGGGGCACAGUCUCAAGCCCAACCAGCCCCCAGUCGCCUGACAAUGUCUGGAUGGGAGGGGCUGCACAGAGCCCACCAUCUAGGAUGUGCAGCUUCUCAGAAAUAGUGAAGGAUGAGGAGGAGAUGAUACAGACACUGACAAAGGCUUCUAAUAAACCUCUGUCUUUUAUACAGAUGGAGGAGCAGGCAAUACAGGACCUGCUACGUCACUACCAGGCUUCAAGCAAUGUGGAUGAGAGAAUUACGGUAGAGCGGGUAGUCAGGCAGUCAGCUACACCGCUCUGGAAACGGGAGAGGCUUCAGUCUUCAUGAUCAUCUCCUCGUGAUCAAGUGCAACACUAUGAAAGUGCCAAAUGCUUCAGUAGCCAUGAACUUUUUAAGCACAUGUUUUGGUAUAAAAUGUCUUGUGUUGAAAUGAUCUAAUAGACCUGAUUUGGAACUCAUACAAACAUUUUGACAUAAGAAUUGAAGUAACUUUAUUUUGAAGACAACACAUAACCCCGUCAGUUUUAUUUUCACUUGGUGUAAAUGAGUGGAAAACCCAGUUUUUACGAACUCAAAACUAUAAGGAUGACGUCAGAUAUGGGAUUGCUAGGUUCCUAGUAUGAUAGCUGCUGUGUCAUCCGAAGAAAUAAUCUUAACAAUGUUGCAAUCUUAAAUUACACUUAAAAAAAAAUCUAUUUGUUUUAUGUUGAGUAUAUCAACAUUUUUACUUAAGGUAUUUCAUUUACUUGAUGCAAUUAUACUGUUAAAAAAUCAACUUAAUUUUUUUGUGCAGAAGAUGUCAUUACAUUUUUUAGCCAAGUUAACUUAUUUAAAAGUACUUUUGACCCUUUCUAUAUACCAGCCUCAAGCAAUCAAUAUCUUUGUAGUCAUACAUUUUUGUUAGAAAACCAAUUCCAUCUCAAUCUCCAGCUUUUGGCAAUCUGUUUCUUGUGUUUAUUGUCAUUAAAAACGUCUGUUUUCAGUUCUGGGUGCAUUAUUUUGUCCCAUCAAAACAGAUGUUUAUUGCUAAUAUAUUCUUGCAUGCAUCUUUUUCCGCAAUCUUUACAUAUUUGCUAAAAUGACACAUAUUUGCUAAAAUGACAUAGUUAAGUAAUUCAACUAAUUGUCCUUGCCAUAUGAUUUGUUACAAACGUAUUUUCAUUCAUUAUUUAUAAAAUCAUUCAUAAAAAUAUUUAGUAUUACACAUGUAUUGUUAUAUUUCAUAACUGUAUUGAUGGUUCAUUUUAUUCUUGAACCUUGUGGUUCACUUUUUUGGUAUUCCGGUAGUUUUGAAAAGAGUAAAUUGGUAGCAUACUAUCAUAAAUUACCAUUAUUUAUUAGUGCAGGGUUUAAUUUGUUAUUUUCAUGAUUGCAUUUUUAUGGGUACACUAAAUUGCAUUUCAUUUCAAUAGCUGUAAACUGCCAAUUCUCCAUUGCUUUAAUUGAACGACUUGUCUAUUUGUAAAGUUACAUAUUUCGGUAUAUUAUGAUUUGCAGGCUUCAUGUAUAGGAAUAUUCUGCAAUCUAUUUUACAGAAAUGCUUGCUUAUACCACCCCCCUCCCAAAAUUUGCAAAUAUAUUUUAAAUAAUAUCAACCAGAUCACUUUUGUUUGUUUGUUAAUUGUGAUAUGGCAAUUUAUAUAUUGUUGAUAAAUAUGUCUGGUUUUAUCUGUGUAUAUCUGAAUAUUGUUUUUUGAUCUUACAUAUUAUAAGCUGACAUGUGUAUAAAAUAUUAUACAUUUAAAGUUUGGCAUAUUGAGAAAAUAUUUGUGCUGUAUGUAUUUGUAAUUAUUUGAUUUAGCUAUUAUUUAUGCUAUACAUGUACACUACAGAUAUGUAGUUGAUAUUCAGUUGUAGUGCUUCUAGUCAUUGUGGUAAUACAAUGAUUGGCAGUAUCUAUUUGAUACCUUUAACAUAUAGCUAAUAUUUAUUAGGAAGCAGUUAAUCAACUCCUCUUUUUAUUGGCUCACAUUUUUUUUAUCCUAUUGUGUUAAAUGUAUGUCAUAAAGUCAGUGUAUGUUCAUAAGAAAAUAUUUAUAUAAGGAUUGGGUAUGAUAUUAGUUUAUCUUCAUCACAUCUAGAUGUGUUGAUAAAGCGUCAAAUUCAGUAAACAAUUGAUUUGUAAAUAACUAAAUGACUGUAAAGGCAAUAACCUAUUGUCAUUAUGUAUGAUAAUUGUUUACAUAAAUCAUGGACGUCUCAUUGAAACUAGUUCAUGGUCAUUAUUUAUGAUAACUGUUUAUGUAAAUCAUAUAUUUCUCAUUGAAACUAGUUCAUGAUCAUUACUGGUGAUCAGUAUCAUAUGUUAAUAAUGUCUGUCUACCUUUUAAACCAAAUUUUUAACACGUUGGGUAAUGAGGUUUUCAGUUUGAUUUGGACACAGGGAUGAUCAUGUAGUAGUAGCAAUAUAUUAAUUAAUGGAUAUCAAAAGUAGUACUGUUUUUAAUGUAUAUAUUAAAUUGUACCUGUUGAUGAUGCAUACCUAUGCGUUACUUUGGUGCAAGGUUACUAAUGAGUAAAAUAAACAAAAAAUCUUCAUAGAAUUGUGUCUGUUUACCAACAUUUUAAUUUUAUCCACACCCAAGACCUGACUUGAUUUUCUAAGAAUGCUCACAUCUGUACUUGAAAUGUACAGAUGUGAAAAUUCAAGAAGAAACUUAAGUUUAAAUUCUGACAUCGCAAAACUAACAAAAUGUAUAAGUAUUCUUGGACUAGAGUAACAACAACGGUAGCUACUUGUAAAUUCACAUAAUUUUAUUUGCAAAUAUCCUCCUGUUACCGCAUAUUGAGCGGUCAAGGAAACAGAUAACAGAAUUUCCGAAUAAAUGCACACAAUGCAACAAUACAUGAUUU